GCCGGCUUGUAUGGAAACCGCCGCGCAGGGGGCUUCCUCGGACCACGGCGCACGCGUGGUGGAGGGCACACCAAUAUCUGCAUCCAACAGCGCGUAUAUCACACCACUCCAUCACACACCUUUCCCGCCGAUCCCUUCCUUCUUUCCCGCCCGGGAAAUCCACAACGAGGGCAACCACCAAACCCAGGUAGCAUACCAGAGCGGCGUAUAGCCCGAACAAGUAAGCAAUGCGCUCUCGCCCGGGCCAACGGGGAAGAGCGGUAUGCGAGAGUAUGGGAGAUCCAAGGUUGGCUUUGCUGUUUUUUUUUGUUUUUUACGCUGUUCCGCAUCAUCAUCUCCACCAGUCCAGAAUCAGGCGCGCCGCGUUGUCGUCACCGUAACACAAGAGAGAAGGAAAAAGGAAGAGAGAAAAAGCCCCAAAGGCGCAUACGGCGAAUCACGAAGCUCAGGUCCCCAACUCUCCUCCGGGACUCGAGACUUCCGCCUGCGAUCGACGAGGGGAGGUGUUCUACGUGCCCUCUUCUUACUUGAUGGUUCUGCUUAUUCGACGCCUUCGGCAUCCUCAAUGCCAAGCAACCAUGGUUCGGCACUUGCGAGCAAGCAGAGGGGAAAAAAAGGGGUUGACAGUCUAGUAGGUCCAGGCAGUUUUGCCCUCCCGGUUGCGUUGGGCGCGUGAUAUUGUUGGAUCGACAUCCCUGUCGCUUAACUACGUAGGGCCCAAGCGUGCGUUGCGGCAUCGCGAGUGCCGAUGGCAGGAUCCGCGGUGAGGGCUGCUUUGUGAUAUUGGCCGGAGGUGGACCGGGUGAGCGUAACGGGGCGGCGAGCUGUGGCGCAUCUUGUUCUUUUCUUCCUCCCCAAGACCACGUCACACAGCCGGCGCGAGGACGCGCCUAUGGAAACAAUCAAACAGCCCCGACGCUCGCUGUUUGGGAUAGAUGAAAGGAAGACGAGGGAGAGGGGAUCAGGGGCUUGGGGGAGGAAACAAACACAUGCAGCGUGGCGCUUCGCGGCCUGAAAUAACCGACAACAAGCAAUGGGCGAUGUGUUGUUUGUCUCGCUCUCGCCAACUUUGUUCCUGUGGCCAGGACCAAGCCGGAGCAGGACGCGAGGCCGGUGAGUGAAAAGGAAAAAAGAAUGGGGCGGUGGCGGCCGGCCGUCGUGCAGCAUGGCUUGCUUGGUGGAAGUAGAAAACAAUAAGGGAUCAGCACGCAGGUGGCAUGGCCCGCACUCAAAGGCAUGCCAAGCACAACAAGGGGAGCAGGGGGGGCCAGCAAGCGAGGGCGAUCGGGAGUAGCAUAAGGGAGAAAAAAAGCAAAAAAAAAAAGCAAAAGAAUGAAUAAAAGGCAAUCAUGGCACGAGGCGUCAGGCAGGGGGUAUGCCACGCCUAAUCGGGUGCUUGCAGCUUGAGGAAACGGAUGAGAACCACGUACCGGGAAACGAAAGAGGGGAGGGGGGUACACACUCACAUACCACACGCCGCCGAGCGCUGCACAAGGAGCCCCGUUCCUACUCCUGUCUCUUCCCUCCCGCGUGUGGCCUAUAAGGCCGCAAAUUGGCAGGAAAUGCAUGACAACUGGCAAGCCGGUCCAUGUUCGCCAGAGGGCAUUGAAAACAGCCGUCGGGAUCGGCGAAUAGGCUGGGCGACAUCCGCCGCUCUUCACUGAUGUCGUACCUAUAUCUAAGGGCCGCUUCUCCCUUCUUCCCCUGGCCUUUCUCUGUGGCUUCUCUCUAAAACACCCUGGACUUGUUAGCUCCGAGGACCCUCACGGACGGCGGCGGCAACCCAAGACACCACCCAAGUAUGAACAUCAAGUACGGUCCGAUGGGCGUCUCCACGGCGGCUGGCGGCCUUCCGCCAGGUCGUGUCUGGCGACGGGCUGUGGAGCAGGUCUCGGACCGUCUAGAGAACGAUGAUCUGGAUGUGGCUGAGCUCGGGAUCCUCGGCUACCAGCGUGGGGAUGAUCUUCUCCCUCGCCUGUCCGAGGAGCAGCACACUCGAGAGUCCGACACGCUUGAGAUAGUUCACAGCCAUGCUCCCGCCGUCAGACUAGCCCUGGACCUCGUUGCUGUCAUGGUCUUCAUGUCAGGCGUUCUGUCGCCGGAUUGGCCCGCCUUGCUUACCGUGGUGGCAGGAUGGGCCGGCCUCCGGGCUGUCUUGAUCGCCGUGCUGGCCGCAGCUGAGACCGCUCGAUAUGUGAGGAGCGUGGUCCGAGACCUGAGUUCCUCCUUGCUGCAUGCUCGAUGGUACGAGGACGACCGCAUGUCCCCUGGGCUCGAGGCAAUCCUCCUCCGCCUCUACACCGAGACCUUGACGCAUCUCGUAUGCAGCGCUCGGUUACUGCGCCGGCAACCACGCAUCAUUUUCCACUACGGUGCCUGGAGCCGUUUGCAAGUGGAAGGAGAUUGCGUUCUGCGUUGGAACAAGAGGCUCCUUGCCGCCGCCGAGGCAGAGUGGCGUGCUGCUCGCAAUAGCCAGACGCGCAACGAGAUCACCAGCCCCUCCGUGGCCAGGGGCACACGUCACCGCAGCUGCGUGCCAGUCGCAGUCAGCCCCAGAUUCCAUGGUAGAGAGAAUGCCAUAGAGGCUGUCGAGCAGGCCCUGCAGCCCAGCUGGGGGGCCCCAGGCCUGCGCUCCUUGGUUCUGUAUGGCAUUGGUGGAGUCGGCAAAACACAAAUAGCUCUCCGGUAUACCUCACUUCACCGUUCAAGUUACGAGGAGAUGCUGUGGGUGAAAGCCGAGAGUGCGCGGAGCAUCCAAGAAAGCUUUGGCGCUAUCGCCAGACACCUUGAGCUGAUCGGAGACGAUGCCAACCGAGAGUCGGAAAAUGAGAGCUCCGCGACUCUCAAAGUCAAGAAUUGGCUUCAGACCACAGACAAGACAUGGCUCCUCGUUUUUGACGGGGCUGACAAUAUUGAAAUGCUCAAAGAGGUCUGGCCAAGCCGGGCCAGGGGUUCGAUCAUACUCACCACACGGGACCACACGGGAUGCUAUAUGGACAGCAUGGCCCAGGCAUCCUUUUAUGUGCAAGCGUUCGACACGGAAUCCGGCGCCGAGUUCUUGCUCAAAAGAGUCGGGCCCAGUCCCCUGGACUUGGCGGCUGAUGACCGAGAGGUGGCCAGGCAAACGUCGGUCCGCUUCGGUGGCCUUCCGCAUGCGUUGAACCACGUGGCUGUCUAUCUCGAGCAGCGGAGACUGCCCUUGAGCUUCUUUCCCGGCAUGCAUCUGCGCAACGCCAGGGAGAUGGAUGGCACGAAACCCUGGGCCACCGGCUCCUAUCACCACAGCCUGUCUAGCCUGUGGGAUGAAACCUUCCGGGACCUGUCUGGCGACGCGCUCGACCUUUUAAACAUUCUGGCGUACUUCGACGUCGAUUGCAUCCAAGAAAGCCUUCUUCUCAGAGGAGCUCAGCACAUCGACGGCAUGCGCUGCGACUUUUUAAAGGACGAGAUAGGCCUGGCCGAUGCUCAGGAGGUCCUGCUGAGAGCUGGGAUGAUCUCUAUCGAGCAGCGGUCACGCAACAUCUCCCUACACUCCGUGAUCCAGGAGGAGAUCAUCCGGCACCAGUCCAGAGAAGACAGGGAGUUCUUCUACGCCUUUGCAGCCAAUCUCAUGAGCGCGGCGUUUCCUGAGCGGUGGACCAAGGACUUGAGUCAUCAGUUCGAGAGCUGGGGCCGCUCUGCCAAGUGUCUGCCUCACGUCCAGCACCUCAACAACGUGAGAAAAGGGAUGGCCAUGCCUCGUGGAACUCCCCAGCUGGUUGGGGAGAUACUGCUCAAGGCCAGCUGGUAUCUGUACGAGACCGAGAAGCUCAGCGAGGCCCAGGAUAUGGCCCAGGAAGCUUGCGAGCAGCUCCGCAAGAUCCCCCCGGGUUUUGCUUACGCCAGCUGCCUCGACCUCUGCGGGCUGGUGAGCCUAGACAUGUGCAGACCCACUGGGGCUCUGGAGCAGUUCAGGCUUGGCCUCAAGACCAGAGAGCAACUGCUGGGAAAGAGCUUAAACGCCGAAACGCCCCUGAUAGGGCUGAGCCAUAGCCAUAUUGGACGGGCAUUGACGGAGCUGGGAUACCUGGACGAGGCGCACGCGGCGCUCCGUGAAUCGAUCCGGAUCCGGCUUCGACAGCCGCCGCGGCCGGUGCUGCCGGCGCACUGCCAAACCAAGCACAUCCCGCCCAGUCGUCUGGGUGAUUCCUACAGCAAGAUGGCUAGCUUGCUGCUGAGGAUGGGUAAACCGGACGAGGCCGAAGCGGCGCUGCGUCAGAGUCCCGAGCUGGCCGACUUUUCCGACGACAGCUUCCUCCGCGGCGGCAACCCAUGGCUGUGCGGCGACGCGGUGCUGCUGUCGCGGAUCCGCGCAGCGCAGGGCCAAGCCGACGCUGCAAGGUGGCUGGCCUCGGGUGCGCUGGACUGCCGGCGCAAGGCCCUGGGUGCUUGCCUCAAGACGCUCGACUCGGGCUACGACGUGAUGCGCAUGAUGGCGGCACACGGCAACCAUGCAACGGCCUUGGAACUCGGCUGCGACAUGGAACAGGAAGCCCGGGACCUCCCAGGGCUCGAAGGCGCUGGCCAGCGUGCGCGCGUGCUGUACCAGAUGCACGCAAUCCACCAGAGGCUAGGCAACGUUGGCGACGCCCGCCAGUGCCGCGAGAUGGCUGAGACGCUCAGGGCCGAUGUGCGCCCGGAUCUAGCGGGCGCUCCACUUGGCGAUGACGAGUUCGACAAACUGCGGCCGUGGAUGAUGUGGUAGGCGGGGAGUCGGUUCUUUUCCUUGGAUCCUGUUGAUGUACGCGAUGAUGAGACCUAAGGCAGCAUCGCAGCUUCUUGACAACAGCAACGAUAGCGAGGGGCGAUUUGAAGGACGUAAAUAAAUCCGGCAUGGGCGCCGUCUUGGGUACCAGGCGAGAUUCAGUGGGGGAAUUGACAGGGGUCUUGCGGGCUGUGGGGCACUGUGAUGUCACCGUUGUGCCUUCCUGCGGCUUCUUUCUUUCGAUCCAGUAACGCUCUACCACCCU